AUGCACUGGAUGAUGCUUGAGGGAGACUGUAAAUGUGCAGCCCAGCUUUCGAGACUUGAUUGGGGUGAGCUGUAUGUGUGUAAGCAGAGAUUGAUCCAACACAACGCAGCGUGCGUUCGGCCCCUCAAGCACACAUGGAAUAAUGCGGCUAUGGAGUCGAGUUUUGCUCUCGGGACUCAUCAUCUGUGCAUGUGGCAGAAGUCCUCAGGCCUCACUGGUCAAGCCUUCGAGGAGAUCCUUCACGGACUUCCUCAGGUAAAGACUCUCAAGCUCAUCCUUUGCGGUCCACAACUGCUGAACCUGAUGAAGCUGUGGUCGUCCGAAGUGAUGGUAAUGGACACAUGCUCAGACUGCAGAAGCAAGUCCCACGCCCAUAUCCAUGAGCAUCAUCACAAAUUGUACCAUGAGCUUGGUGUUCAGUCUGCUUUGGAAAACUCUGACCUUGCGGUCGCUUUCAACUCUGGUCUCUCCAAGGAAAAUGCCGGAACGUGGCCUGACAUGAUCAAAUUUCUUGUCAAGCGGAAGGUACCCUAA